AUGAAUGAGCACGUCAUGCGUUGCUACUACCUAUCCACCAAGCUCGAAUCACAAACAGUUGGCUACAGGUCCUAUAUGUGGAGACUCUUUGUACAGAAGUACCCUGAUUUAGCUGACAAAGUGACUGAACAAAGAGUAGCUGACCAAAAACGUGUUAUAUUGACCACAAAAAAUAUAACACAUGUAAGAUUAGAGCAACUCAAAGCCGAGGUUGCUACUGAAAUUAAGACAGACAGUGAUAGGACAUUUAAUCAAGAAGAUUUACGCCCCGAAAGUCCGAAAAAUGAUACACCUAUGCACAAACUUUCCGCUGACAUGGGCAUAAGUUCAAUAUCUGACUCCUGCAUUACGCCAGUAGAAACUGCUAAAAGUUGA